AGCAAGCGGUUUGCCAUGGAGUCUAAACCCAAAGACCCCAGAGUUGUUCGGAUUUAUGUCACCGAUGGCGACGCCACGGAUUCUUCCAGCAACGGAAGCGAGAAUGGGAGGCGCAAGAAAGUGAAAAGGCAUGUGAGUGAAAUCAGAUUCCAAGAUUGUUCUACAUUCAGUUCCACCAGGCAAUCGAAGGAGCAAAAAAAUAUCAGAUCAAAGAAGCAGCAGCCACAACGACAACAACAUCAAUGUUUGUCUAGCCGUGUGAAGUACCGUGGGGUCCGACAAAGGCCGUGGGGAAGAUGGGCGGCUGAGAUCAGAGACCCAACGAGUCGGAGCAGGGUCUGGCUCGGGACUUUUGAGACUGCUGAACAAGCUGCCUUGGCCUAUGACAGGGCAGCGAUUCGAUUCAAAGGUCCUUGUGCUCUUACAAACUUUGAUCUUGAAAUGAUUUCCGAGUAUGAUUCUGUGCAAGAAUCCCAGUUUCUGUGUUCACCCACUUCUGUUCUCAGAUUCCGGUCCAAUGAAGAAGCUGAACUUCAAACGGAAUCCGAGUCGAGAGAUAAGUCUUUAGAGAUGAUAGAAACUGGGUGGAACCAACUUUCUGAUGACUAUUUGUUAAUAGAUCCUGGGGUUUUAUAUGAUUGCUUUGAUUUUGAUAUCCCUGCACCUAUAUUUUUCGAUGAAAUGAGGUUAUCAGAAGACAGUAAAUUGGGACAGGAUUAUGCCGAUAUUUCUGCUAAAUUAGAUGUCGAUUUCGGGUCAUGUUCGUGGGAUGUCGAUAAUUAUUAUUAAGACUAAGACCAGACUAGUUUUGCCUGGAACUGAAGUU